UUUCGCUUCCGGAGCAAUCUCCACAAUUGUUGUUGGAUCCACACCUUCGGUCAAUUGAUAUAUAUAAUCCCGUUCCUUUGUACUUGAUCACCGCGCCAUUCUUUUUGUUGUAAAUUCUGUGCGUGAUUCUUCAUCAGAGUGAUUGUGCAGUUAGUUAGGUCUCACCCUCCGGAACGACGCUAAGGAAUUUCGUAUGAAGCCAUUUCAGCUGCCCGGGAAGUUUUUCUUGGCCGGAUGUUUAGUCCAUCUUCUUGGUAACGAUAAGAUCACCUCGAAAAUCUUGGAAGGGAGGGAACUAAUGUCUGAAUUUCAAGCGGUUUUCUAUGCCGAUGUGCGUCAUUCUGCAACUUUUAUUUUCUCUGUUUCGUUCGUUUGAAGUGUAUGCGUUUUUUGCAUCACUGACAGCAGUGAUCUAUAUGAUCAACCUUCGUUUGAAGUUGUGGUGGCUUCGUGUAAGAGAGAUAGUACUAUUUUCUUUCAUUAUACGAGGUGCUCAGAGUUUUUAGUCCCGACUGAGUUACGUAUUUGAGUUGUAUCGUAACUGUUCCUUGGCACCAAUCAGGAUUUCAGCAUUCCUCGAGUUCACAUUUUAAGAAAGAAAAAAUAUUGUUAUUGUGAAUCAAACAUUUUCCAGAGAUCACUUUUCUGAGGUAGGUACAUUGAGGGAAGGAUGAUUUGGUGAUUAUGUGAUGAUGGAUUGAUGUCACGGCGAAGACCUUGACUAAUAUCUGCUAGCAGGUUGAUGAUUGAAUGGAAAAAUUAAGAGUUGCACUAGCAGGACACCUGAAGGAUCUACAGCCACAUAAAGAACUAAGAUGUUGGGACUAGACCAUUAUUGCGGGAUAGCGUGAUAGCGCUCCUCCUAACAGCGGUUGGGAUAUCUGGAUCAAAUCGAGUACAUAAACACUCGAUCUCAGAACUACUCUAAGUGUUCGCUUGAAGUUGUUAUUCAUAGCAAUGGAUAUCAACAACGACGGGGCACGGUACGCGUUCAUUUGUACAUGGCAUGACCCGAUGACUGACAUCACAUGGAGAUACCAGUUUAUGUAUCACACAAAUGAUCAAUCUAUUGAGAUGUACGACAUUAAGAAUCAGAAGACAUUUCUGAAGCGGGUAGCAUAUCCUGCCAUUACCCUCGAGCAGCUCUACAUAGGCUCUACCAUUUUGGUGUAUACACGCCAGCUUCUCAUCGAGGAUUAUGGUGAUGAGUUCACACGAAAGCAUUUACGUGGUUUGCAGGAGACGACGUGUGCCAUGAUAAAGCCAGACGCCAUUUGCAACGCUGGAAAGAUUCUGGAAUGCAUUACAAGAAAUGGAUUGCUUAUAAAACACAUGCGUAUGUGUCAGCUGUCACGAAAGCAGGCUGAGGAGUUCUACAAUGUUCACCAAGGAAAACCUUUCUAUGAAUCUCUCAUCCAGCUUAUAUCAAAUGGGCCAGUGAUAGCGAUGGAGCUAGUUGGCGAGAAUGCACUCUGCAGGUGGAGGUUACUACUUGGCCCAACUAGUACAGAAGUGGCAAGAAUAAAGGCGCCGAGUUCUAUCCGUGCUCAAUUUGGGACAGACACAACAAUGAAUGCGUGCCAUGGGUCCGAUUCACACGAGAACGCAAGAAUUGAAACACUUUUUUUCUUUAGGUGCUGGAAUAUGGGCAUGUCCGCCCGCUUCAGAAAUUGCACCCUGUGCAUCAUCAGGCCACAUGCCGUCAUGUCUGGCUGUGCAGGAGCUAUAUUAGAUCGAAUACUGUGCCAGUUCGAUGUGACGGCAAUGGAAUUAACUCAGUUUUCUCGGCACGCUGCGGCUGAUUUCCUUGCGGUUUAUCAAGGAAUAUGCCCCGACUUCUGUUCGAUGACACACGAGUUGGCAUCUGGUGACUUCAUUAUCUUGGAAAUUGUUGACAAGGAAAAUCCAUGCUCCAAUCCUGUAAAUAAGUUCCGAGAAUUCUGCGGCCCAGCCGACUCCUGCAUUGCACGGGCGCUUAGGCCACGCUCCCUACGUGCAGAAUUCGGCAUCAAUAAGGUGAAGAAUGCUGUGCAUUGCACCGAUAUUCCUGACGACGGAGAGCUGGAGGUGGGCUACAUGUUCACGCACCAGUGGGAAGGGAGAUAGAGACGAUUUCAUCCGAUUGUGAUAACUGUUCUCAGUGCUUGUGGUCUCCUGCCAGAGGACUGCUCCGAUUGUGCUCGUGUCUUUUGGGCUUAGUAAGAGUUUGAUUCUGAAGUGGUAUUGGAGAACUUGUGCCUCCCCUGGAUCAAGAAGAAUUUACUGAGAGGAUCACAAUAUUGAGAAUAUGAGCCUGUACACUUGAGUAAAAGUCGAUGUAAUUCCAAGCUGCGGUUUUGAGUCAGACAUCCGGAUUGUCACUGCUGUAUUGUAAUACAAGGACGUAGUUGAAACUGUCAUAGCAAUCUUGUCUAUCUCCGUUAAAUAUACAAAUUGGAUUUGACAGUG